UGAAAAAGGAGUCGUAAAGCAUUGAUAAUCAAAACGGUCAAAAAUCUCUACAGGAUAAAUGAAUGAAGUAGCCGUUGGAGCCUAAUCAAGUGCCAACUCUCUCUCCCUCUCUCUCUCUGCUCGUCUUUCUGCCAUGGCUGAUUUCUCAUCUCUCUCUUCUCCAGAAAGCGACGAUUCUGCUAUUGAAAACAUAAUAUCCCAAGCCAUAGAUCUCUCUGUUCUUGAACAGAUUGCAGCUCUCAAUUCCCCCCAUUCCUCAGAUACUGCUCUUCCUACUCACCUUGAAACCAGAUUCCACAGGCUCAAAUCAUUUCCGGCAUCUGUUCCCAAUCUCAAAACCCAUCCUCCCUCUCUCAGUCCAGAGAAAUCCAAGAUACCCAAAUGCCAAAAUCAACCAACAAAAUCCCCCACUUCGUCUCCCCACAAAGACACUUCGUCUCCCCACAAAGACACUGAACUUCCUUCUCCGAAAAGCGAAUUAGAUAGCUUGGAUCGAUGUGGAAGCAGCCCUUUUCCAUCUAUUCCUGUGAAAUCCGAAGAUGUAAAGGGUCUAAAUCCAAAAUCAGGAACUGGGUCUACUUUUUCACCUUCGAUUUCAUCCUGUUCGUCUGCUGAACCUUCUUCCCCGCCUCGACUGACCUGCUGCUUUUGGCGUUCUCCCAAAAAGGUCCACAAAAAGAAGAGCAAGGAAGAUGGAAUGGCGGGUUUUGAUCUUGAUGAUGGAUUUUGGGGAAAGGAUGAUGAGAUGUUAUCAGAUUUGAGUGCAUUCUCGCUGAAAGAGCAGCGGCGGAGACUGAGGAAAGCGUGGAAGGAGGAGGAGAAGGUCAAUCGGGAGGCUGAGAAGGUGGUGAAGUGGGCGAAGCAGGUCUCUGCUAGGAUGGAUGCUUCCAUGCUCGACAGUCCGACAAGCGAUGAAGAAAAGUUCAAGUGAAGAAUGUCUUCUUAAUCUCAGCAAAGAAGGUUGCUGGGGUUCAACUCUGCUCUACUCUGUCACUCUCAGUCUUGCAUUAAUAUCAUCGGGGAAAAAACUCCUGUUUGCAUCAAUCAUCCUUGGACAUGGCAUACGAGUGCUUAAAUCCAGACCUUCCUUUGAUGGGCAACCAUUGGGUGGUUAGGAUUGCCCAAUCAGUGACUCUUGGGAUAUGGUAAAUUCACAAUGGGGCCCGUGAUUUGUGCGGUAUGUAUUUACAUGCAUGUAUCCAACUAGGGUGGUUGAUUUGCUGAAAUUUAAGAAACGGUAAGUAUAGUAAAAUCCAUAUACAAUACUGUAUGUCAGCUUACAGAAAAAAAAGAAUGUAUUAUUAUGUAAGUAUAUUUUGGCUUAUGGAGGCCAGAUCCAAUAUAAAGCUUAUGGGUUAGUCUUAAGAUUUAAAUCCCAAAACAGCUCUUCAAUAAAGGAUAAAUGGUUCAAUUAUUACCUA